AUGACUGUUGAACCUUAUGGCAAAAAUCAAGGCAAAAGUGAAAUAUCAGAUGAGCAGAGGCAGGAAAUAAAGGAAGCGUUCGAGCUUUUCGAUACAGAAAAGUCCGGUACUAUUGAUUCAAAAGAACUAAAAGUGGUAAUGCGCGCACUCGGAUUUGAGCCUAAAAAAGAAGAAAUAAGAAAGCUCAUUUCUGAAUAUGAUUUUGAGGGGAAAGGUAUUUGUUACAAUCAUCCAAUACAUAGGUCAAAUUGA